GCUGUGGGGAGUAGGGACAAACAGGGAGUCAAGUAACGCCCGCUAGUCGCAACUCGCAAGCAGCGCCUUGCCCUCAAUCCAGGGAGAAACAACUCACGGUCUUGGCCUCUCCUCUCUUCUGCCUUCCUCUGGUCAACUUCGUUUUAUAGCUCUCGAAAAAUGUUGUUCUUCUCCUAUUUCAAGGACUUGGUGGGCAGAGAAGUAACUGUGGAGCUCAAGAACGAUUUGGCUAUUCGAGGAACACUGCACUCGGUGGAUCAAUACCUUAACAUCAAGCUCGAGAACACUCGUGUUGUCGAUCAAGACAAAUACCCUCACAUGCUUUCUGUAAGGAACUGCUUCAUCAGGGGGUCGGUGGUAAGAUAUGUGCAGUUGCCUCCAGAAGGAGUGGACGUUGAACUUUUGCAUGAUGCCACAAGGAGAGAAGCUCGUGGCGGCUAAUUUAUCUAGUUAAGGUCUUCUAAUGAAUAUUGCAUGACUAUUUGAUUCGGAUGUGAUCCACAAUAGUGAGGGAAACUUUUGGCUGAGGAAGAGACAUUCAUACGACUCUUUAGCUCGGUUCAUUUUUACUGUAACAGAAUUCUUAACAUUUAGCGUUUACCUACUGUUGGGGCUUAUCAAGCUCUAUGUUGUUUAAGGCAGUUCAAUUCGUGGUAUUAUCCUGCAGGUGCGGGCAAUCCAAUUCCCAGUACCGAAGGGCGUUGCCUGA